AAAAUACUGGACUUUGCUUAAUUUAUUCAAAAUAUUUCGUAUAAAAAAUCUUGUUAUUUAUUUACGGCGGUUUCGUAAUUUUCAUCAAAUAUCAUUUCAAGGAUACAAAGUACUGGAAAUGUCAGUAAUUUUAUUUACAAGUAUCCACUGGGCAACUUGUUUGGAAUGGUACAUACCGAUAAUUAGCGAUAAAUUUAAUUGGCUAUCAAACAAUGAAUCAUGGAUAGCAUCAGAGUCAUUAAAAACCCGGAAUACGACUCUGAGGAUGUACGUAGCUGGUGCUAACCGAGCAACAAUAGCAUUGAUCGGUGGUUCACAUCACCUGGAUGUAAAAACGAUUGAUGAUAUUUUAUUUAAUUUAUUUCUGACUGUACUUGGUAGGAUCGGAAUUAUUUACAUACUCGCUCAAUUUUCAGGACUCAUGUCAACGUCUCACUCAACAAAGAAAAAAAAUUUUAAAUUACUUAAACAAUUAACAGACUACAUGCGUUACAAAGAACUUCCUCGUCAUAUUCAGAACCGGGUGUUAAAUUAUUUUAAUUUUUGGUCAAACAAAAGUGUUAAGAAAGAUAAAGUUAUUAUUUCAAAUGUUUCUCCUAAUUUACGAGAAGAAUUAAUAAUGUAUAAUUGCAGAAGUUUAAUAGAAAAAGUUGAAUUUUUAAAACAUAUACCGGCAGUUAUUUUAUCCCAAGUUGUCAUGCAAUUAAAACCAGAAAUAUAUUUAGCCAAUGACGUAUUGGUAAGAGCUGGUACAAUUGGUGACGCAUUGUACUAUAUAAUAACCGGUACUGUUGGAGUUUAUACAUCUGCUGGAAAAAAAGUAUGUAAUUUGGAGGACAAAUCAUACUUUGGAGAAGUAUCGCUCGUAAUGGACAAUGAAAAACGAUUGGCAACAGUAAUUGCUUUGGAAACUUGCGAAGUUUAUGUACUAAAGCGACAGGAUUUUAUUAAAAUAAUAAGUCCUUAUGAAAACUUAAAAAGCCGAUUGCAAAAAUUAACUAUCGAAAAAUUAGAUAAAUCUUUAUUGUACGAGACAUUACACAAGUGCGAUGGAUCUACUUCGAUAAACAUAAAUAUUUACGGUGACUCAACUUCUCAAGAUGUUUAAUUGUUAUUUUAUUUUUAUACAUUCAAGGAUUUUUGUAUGAUUGUUGAUAGACAGAAGUAAGUCUCCAGUGUUCUGGAUAAUCAGCAUCCCUACACCCCUCGACGAUACUAAAAGGCGGCGUCAAAGUGUCAAUACAAAAAUCUCUUUUAGCGUAAGGAGUUCUAG